AUGGCGUCAUCUGUGGUGAAGAAGAACAAGGCGUUCGGAAAUCCCAUCCGAAUUUGUCCUCAACACCCGAGAAAGAAGAUUGUCAGCGUGUGCAACACGUGCGGCGAGCAGUUCGUAUGUCUAUUGUGCAUCGCCGCGGCCCACACUGGUCAUCGCCUCGUGGAGACAGAUGAUUAUAUGAACGUUAAAAAGGUGUCACUCUCUGGUCUCUUGACAGACUCCGAAACGAAGAUCAAAACUAUAGAUGAAAGAAUGGAAAAGAUUCAGCAAUUUAGACAAGACAAUAAGAAAAUACUAGAGCAUAACAUUCAUGCUGUUGAGAACAGGGGGGCGGAGUUGAAAGCUGAAAUUGACAAAAUCGUUAAAGAUUUCACUCAACGGUCCAGAGACGUCUGUGAGAAGAAUACAGAGAUAAUUGAAACUAUUGAGAAGAAGUUGCUUUCACAGCUAACUGACAUGACCUCAAUAGUGAGCAAAUGUAAAGGUGCGUUAGCCAACGAUAAGAAUGCAGAUAUGGGUUUGUUGGAGAGAAGUCUUCGUGUUGAGAAUGCUCGGCCCUUCAAACCCUUCCCCGUGUUACAGACGCCAAGUCUUAUAGCAGACGAGGACCCGGCAGCCCAACAACUUAUUUUGUUUGGCUCAAUGAACGUGAAGGAUUGGCGCCUCGAAAUUCUCGACCCCAAUGACGAUGACCUUAUUUCUGAUGUCUCAAGCAGUGUAACUGGAAAAAGCAAAUUGAAGACAGCCGCCGUGAAGGCCAUCGCGUCCUUUCGUCAUGUGACUCAAGGACGGAUCUCAACUGUUGCCCCUACCCUGGACGGAAAAGCAUGGGUGGUGAAAGGUGGCGGUUGUGAGGCUGACCUCAUGUUGCAGUCUGGGGAUACGAAACAGACAGUAGUAGUGGAGACCUACCUCAAUAUCUUCGACUUGAUGGUAAAAGCCGAUUCAACGAAGACAGUGAUUUUGUGUUCCGAUGGAACUAUUCGGAACAUCCUUCAGACAGGCAAAACCAACCUGAUGUACCGUACUCGAUUCCCAGUCACGAGCUUGUGUGAGUCGGCAGAGGGUGGUAGUAUUUGGGCCACGCAGGAAGACGGCAAGGUUGUGAAAUAUUCAAAAGAUGGCGAAAUCUCGCAGACGAUACAUACGGAUCCUUCUGGUCGAAAACUCUUCUCCAUGCCAAUCCGGGUUCGUGUAAACAGACGCACGGGAGACAUGGCAGUCAUUGAAGACUCCCUACCUCGUCACGUCCUCAUUAUGGACAAAAGAAGCAAUAUUCUAUUCCGUUUCCAUGGCGAUCUUACUCUCGACGAGCGUCAGAAUCAUGUUCAAGAUGGAGAAGGUCAAGGUCGAAGCCGGUUUAUCCCGACUGCUGUAUGUUUCGACAGAAACAACAAUGUGGUAGUGUGUGACGUUGGUACUAAGUCUGUUAUGUUGGUCGACAGACGAGGACGGGCAACCAAGAGCAUCUGGCGCGACGGUAAUAUGCCGACGAGCUGUGGGACACAGCCUAAUGGCGACCUGUGGGUGGGAUUCGCUAAUGGCAAGGUAAAGGUCCUUAGAUACCUCAUGUAA